ACUUGUUAUUAUGUUUAUUUAUUACAUCAGUGUUUAGUGUGUAUUAAAUGCUUAAUAUGUUUGUUUAAUUUUGUUGUUUAAAGUAAUUUAUUUGUAGUUCAUUAUGUUUAUAAUGCUUUCGUAGAUAUUUAUGCGAUCAUUUGCAAUUUAUGCUUGCUAGCCAAAACUUAAAAUGAACAUCGAUAGUACAGCUGUAAAUAUCCUCAAGCGAGGCGUUGAAUUUGAUACAAAAAAACGUUAUACUGAAGCUCUAGUAUGUUACCAAGAAGGUUUACAAAUUUUAGUGGACAGGAUGAAAGGUGAAUGUGAUGAUGAUGUUAAGAAAUAUUUAAAAGUGAAAAUAGAAGAGUAUAUGGAUAGAGCUGAAAUCAUAAAAAAGUUGGUGUUAAAACAAAAAGAAAGUGGCCAGUUUCAUGAACAAGUACGAAUAGAAAACAACUCCACUGGCCAUAGUUAUAAAACACUAUUUGGUAGAUUCCUAGAUAAAGAUGUUCAUUAUGUUAUUGUGGAAGACCCAUAUAUAAGAAGUUUUCAUCAGUGUCAAAAUUUCUUAAGACUUUCCGAACUCCUCGUAAAGUCUUGCAGUAAUUUAAGACGAAUUGAACUUGUAACUACAAAAGACAACAAAUCAGAGGGUGAUCAGACAAAAUGGUUUACGGAAUUAAGAAAUGAUUUAGCAAGAUAUGAAGUACAUUUUAUUGUUAAUUAUUCAGAUACAUUGCACGAUAGACAAAUCAUAUUAAGUUCCGGCUGGAUUAUUAAAAUUGGACGAGGGCUAGAUUAUUUUAAAGCACCAGAAAACAAAUUCUGUUUAGGUGUUUACGAUUUAGAUUUGAGACAAUGUCAUGAAACUGUUGUCGAUAUAGUUCAUUCGAAGCAUGUCAAACAAUCAUAAUGAUUUUAAAAUUUUAUAUGAUAU